AUGCUCCAUGACGGCAAGCACUGCGAUGUGCUCUGCUGCCGGCGAGGUCAAAACCUCUACGUGUCGAUGCACCGCCGGCACUACCGCUGGGCUGUGUCCUGUAGGCGGGGCUUGUGGCUCUCCGACCCGAACCUGCAAGGCCGGGACCGCCAGGGUGACGCGCCGAGGGAGCCAGCGCCCGCGUUCUCGCGGGCCGCGGGCAUCGGGUACAACCUCGGCAAGAGCCUCGGGAGGGGCUCCUGGGGGCGCGUGCUGGCCGCCCGCAGCGGCAACCAGCGGCGCACCGCGGUGAAGAUCAUCCCCCUGUGCCAGGAGAGCCGCCAGCAGAAGGCGAGGAGGCAGAUCCACGAAGAGGUGCGCAUCUGGGCGCGGAUCGGAAGGCAUCCACACUGCGUCGAACUCUACGAGGUCUAUGCGGACUACAGACUGAUAUACAUGGUCAUGGAGCGCUGCGAGGCGGCCCUCGUGCACAGGCUUACCCACAUGCAGUACAUGGGCGAGUGCGAGAUCGCCCGCGUCUUCCUGGAGAUGGCACUCGCCGUGCAGCACCUGCACAGUCUACGGAUCGUGCACCGCGAUAUCAAGAGCGACAACUACUUGUUUGCGACCGGAGGCACCGUGAAGCUCUGCGACUUCGGCUUCGCUGCCCAGCUGCCCUGGAGCGGGCGGCUGCUCUACGGGUGCUAUGGCACGGCGCCCUACAUGUCGCCGGAGAUGGUGCGCAACGAGGGUCACUCUCUGAGCACAGACGUGUGGUCGCUCGGGGCGACGGCGUACGUCCUGCUGUACGGGGACUUCCCGUACCAGCCGGCCGUUCUGAAUACUUGCGAGAUGAAGGCGGCCAUCAGCACCGGCUACCCCCGUCCGCGGUACCGGCGGCGGAAUUUGGAGGUCGGGGACCCGUCAGCGGCCGCCGCGGGCUUCGUCGGCAGCCUGCUGGCGCGCAGGGCAAGCAGCCGGCCGUCCGUGGCGGAGGCCCUGUCGCACCCCUUCCUGCAGCCGAAGCCGGCCACGCCGGCCGCCACGACCAGGGAGCCUUCCCUGGUGCCAGUGAUCCACCGCGCCCGCAUGACGACGCUGCAGUUCGAGGCCCAGGCGGCCGAGCGAUACAGGGGCGAGCACUGGUCAGCGGAGGAACCCCGAAACGGGGGAGGGGGAGGAGGACCCCCCGUCCUUCUCAGGGCUCCCGGUCCUUCUCCGACUCGAACCUGGUCGACGAGGCGCAGGAGGAAUCCGGCGACGAGGAAGGCAACCAGCACGGAGCGCAUUGCCACGACCAGCAGCCCAAGCAGCUGUUCCGCAAGAGGCCCAGGUCCCACGAGGCCGCGGCCUCGCUCUCGACGGCGUUCACAGGCCACAACCCUCCCGCGAGCUCGCUCUCGACGUCGUUUACAGUCCACUCCGCCCAGAGCCUCCCGAGCUUCGGCACCCGCAACCUCGAGGAGCUGUUCUUCGACGCGUGAGCGCCGGGGGGCGGGGCCGGGGAGCAGUGAUCACGAGCAUGCCACUGCGGAGGUCCUCUCCGAAUUUCUUGGAUUGACGCCGGGCCCUCGUGGCGGCGAGUCUGGCGCCGCCCCCGGCGCGCUCCGCGCGCCAGGGAGGGGGGCCCAGCGCCGAUCCAGAGGAUCUGCGCGAGCCUCCGAAAGUUUUGGUGCUCGUGCUGACUUUUCGUAUUCUAGGAGAGCCCCCCCCUCCUGUUGCUCGCAGCGACGGCGCCGCUUUUCGGGAGGGAGGGAGAUAAUCAAGGGGAGGGUGUUGGAAAGGGCCACAAGAGCCACCGCUGUACAGAUCUCUGGGCGCAACUUGCCACAAGCCGCAAGUUGUUCUCACCAGCGUUUAAUCUUGCGUAACUUUCGACGUUGCCCCAACGAGCCGAUCGGCUUGACGCAGAAACGCCGCUAA